UUAAAGACCGCUUCCGCUUUUACGCCAUCUUGUUGUUAGGAAAGCCUAGCAGACAACUGUCACCUCGGAUCUUUCUCAUUUUGCAUCAAGAUUUCAUGCCCCUUGAAAUCACAAAAAUGGCGAAAGAUGCAAUGCCAGAUGAACUUUUUAAUCUCCUAGUGGAUAAAAUAAACCAGGAAACUAGUUCUGCAGAGAAAAAAGUAGAGAUCUUAUACAGCUCUAGGGGAUUUUUCAGUGCUGCCCAGGCUACCAUACUUCUCAUAUGCUAUGCCAGCCCAGCUGACAGAAUUCGUGUAAUCCGCAUUUUAGAACCUAGACUGUGUCGUAUGAGCUGCCAAGACGCCCGACAGAUCAUUGCCACGGUUACAGUUCACAAUGACAAGCUCAUAGUACUGGACUGCGUUAAAAGAGUAUUAACAGACAGCCAGACAGCCCUGGGAAUGGAACACAUCCUGAGCGCAUUUCCCUUCGAGAAUGACAAAAUGAAGGCUCUUAACAUCCUCACCACUGUGUCCUCGUUUGUGGGAGACAAGGUGGCUGCAGGUGGUCACCAGGGAUACGCAGCACUGGGUGGGCUGUAUACGCAGGCUCGACCCAUGGUGCCUCAUCUCUACGGGGACCUUAACAAGCAGGCCAUGCAGAUACCAGGCCAAGGACCGAUCCAGAUCCCGCCGGAAGCCCAGCCUGGCGUGGUCCCAUCUAUCUACACGGGCCACCCGUCCUAUGCCUACCCGCCUGACAUGAGCUACAUCAAGGACCGCGGGUACCCGGGCUCAGCUGAGUUCCCGAUCACCGAGGCCAAUAUCAAGCCGUACCCAGCAGGUGCCCCGCCCCUUUCCUACCACAGCGGCGCCCCCAACCCCACGGGAUUCCGCUCAGCAUAAAUCAAAUUGUUCAAACUCUUAUUGAGUUUUUUUAACUUUGGAAAGGUUAUAUUCAGUUUUGUGAAACACUUUUUCAAGAUUUCAAAGACAUUUUUAUUACUUUCUUUUCUCUAAUUUUGGAAUUUUCUCUGCGAUAUAUAUAAAUGCGCUCAAAUUUAUUUUUUGUAAAUUGCACAUGUGUUUAAUGUGUUACAUUUGGUACAUGAACAUUCUCAAAUAAAGAAGAAAUUUUAAAGGUAA